GGCCAGGAGGGCGCCGUCACCGCUCCCCGCCGCCCGCACCAACAACUUUCCCUUUGUGCGCGGCUCAUGGCGGCCUGACCCGCUCCGGUGGGGGCAGUGACCUGCCAGCCUGAGGAUGCCUCUGCACGGCGCGAGGGCCGCGGCGCUGCUCGCAUGGGUGAACAGCACAAAUGUGUGCUCCGAGCCCCUCCAUGAGCUGUCCCAGCUCCGCGACUGCAGCGUCUUCAUCAGGAUCAUCAACAGGAUGCUCCGGAGCGAGGACGGGGAUUCGGCGCUGGAGCAGCCGCUGCCGCAGAGGAUCAGCUUCAUCUGCGGCUUCCUGCAGAAGCACUGCAAGCACAAAUCGGCCACGGAGAGCCUGGUCCCGGCGCAGGAGCUGCUGCAGGGAGAGGAGCUGGCCCUGGCCAAGGUGGCCGUGCUGCUCCUGUACCACACCUCCAUGAGCUGCAGGAGCCCUGGGGACUGGAACGAGUUCGACUACAAGACCCAGGUGGAGCUGGCAGCGAUCCUCAGGUUCGUGCUGGACAACGAGGAGAGUCUGAGCGAGAACCUGGAGAUGUUCCUGCAGAGGAAACCCCCCCCGGCCUCACCCGGCAGCAGCUCGGAGGAGCAUUCCCCGCUGCUCCCCUUCCCGCCCAGGCGAGAGGUGCGUUUCCUGGAGCUGCAGAAGAUUGCUUCAUCCUCCUCCUCCUCCUCCAGCACCAACAAUGUCCUCCCCGGGGCCCCCUCCUCGCCCGUGGGGGACAUCAUGCAGACCCCCCAGUUCCAGCUGCGGCGCCUCAAGAAGCAGUUGGCUGCGGAGAGGGAGAACCGGGAUGAGCUGGAGGUGGAGCUGGCGGAGAACAGGAAACUGCUCACGGAGAAGGAGGCGCAGAUCACCCUGAUGCAGCAGCGGAUCGAUCGCCUGGCGCUGCUCAAUGAGAAGCACGCAGCCGACCAGCUGGAGCCCAAGGAGAUGGAGGAGCUGAGGGAGAAGAACGAGAGCCUGAUGGUGCGUUUGCAGGAGGCCCUCAGGCAGUGCCAGGACCUGAAGACUGAGAAGGGUCAGAUGGACCGAAAGAUCAACCAGCUCUCGGAGGAGAACGGGGACCUCUCCUUCAAGCUCCGGGAGAUCGGCAGCCACUUGGUGCAGCUGCAGGAGGCCCUGAACGAGCUCUCGGAGGAGCACAACGCGGCCCUGGCGCAGUCCCAGGAGAAGCAGGGGCAGCUGGAGGCGGAGCUGCGUGGCGCCCUGCAGGACAAGAAAUGCUCGGAAGAGAAGAUCGAGAUCCUGCAAGGGAAGAUAUCUCUGCUGGAGGAUCAACUGGCCAAGCUGGGAGAGUGCAGCAGCCAGAAGGGAGAGGUGCUGGGGGACGUCCUGAAGCUGGAGGAGCUGAAGCAGGAGGUGUCCAGCCUCAGCAGCAAAGGUGCUGAGCUCCAGGCCACGGUCCUGCGGCUGGAGGAGGAGAAGCAGCAGCGGGAGGCAGUCCUGCAGUCCCAGAGGGGCCUCUUCGAGGAGGAGAAGCAGCAGCUGGGCGGCCUGGUGAGCAGCCUGCAGAAUUCCCUCUCGGAGAGCCACCGGCGCCGGGAGGAGCUGGAGCAGGAGCUGCGGGAGCGGGAGGCCCUGGACGCCCAGCACGAGCAGGCCCUGCGGGAGCGGGACGCGGCCCUGCAGCAGCUCCAGCACCUGCAGGAGGCCAACGCUUCCCUGAGCAGCCAGCUCCAGGUCGCGGUGCAGGCCCAGGAAUCCGCCCAGGCCGCCUGGGACGGGGAGAAGGCGGAGCUGAGCCGCAGGGUCAGCGAGCUGGAAGCCAGGAUCCUGGAGCUGGGCCCCCAGGGGCCAGCAGAGGGGCUGCAGCUCCAGCUGCAGGAGCUGGAGGCCCGGCUGAAGGAGAGCCAGCAGCGCCUGGCCGAGAGGGAGAGGCUGGCGCGGGAGAACAGGCGCCUGCAGGAGCAGCUGCUCUUCCUGGAGGAAUCCCUGCGCAACACCGAGGGCAUCCUGGAGGAUGAGAAGAGGAGGGCGGCCGAGUGCCUGGAGGGCAGCCUGGCCAGGAUCGCCGAGCUGGAGGCGGAGCGGCAGCGCCUGCUGCAGGAGCAGGGCCAGGAGCCGCCCAAGAGCCAGGAGAAGCCCGUGGAGGCGUCUCCCACUGCCCGGCGGGAGGAUGAGGAGCGCGGGAAGCUGGAGGAGGAGCUGCAGGCGCUGGGCAGGGAGCUGCGGGCCCGGCAGGAGAAGGUGGCCGCGCUGGAGGCGCAGGCGGAACGUGCGGCCGCCGAGCACCGGGAGAGGGUGGCCGCGCUCCAGGCCGAGCUGGCCGGCGCCCAGGCGUGGGCGAAGGAGAAGGAGGGCGAGGAGCAGAAGCUGAGGGCCGAGGCGUCCUCGCUGCAGGACAAGGCGGCGGCGGCGGAGCAGGCGGCGGCGCAGCGCGGGGCCGAGGCGCGGCGGGCGGCCGAGGCGCUGGACGGGCUGUCCCAGCAGCUCUCCCAGGAGCAGCUCCGGUCCAAGGAGCUGGAACGCGCCCUGGAGCGGCUGCGCGGCGCGGAGGCCGAGCUCUCGCGGGUGGCGGCGGCCGCGCGGCAGCGGGAGCUGGAGCUGGAGGCGGAGGCGAAGAGGGCGUCCGGGGAGGCGGCGGGGCUGGGCGCCCGGCUGGAGGAGGCGCUGCGGGAGCACCGGCGCGAGCUGGCGAGCCGCGAGGAGGAGGCCGCCCGCCUGCGGCAGGAGCUGGAGCGGGGCCGGCUGGAGGGCGGCGCGGAGCGAGCCCGCAAGGCCGAGCUGGAGGCGCAGCUGCAGAACGCCCUCAACGAGCAGCGCGUGGAGAGGUCCCUGCACCGGGAGGAGCUGGCGCGGGCCCGGGAGCUGCUGCAGGAGCAGCAGGGCGUGCUGGAGGAGCUGCGCCGCGACAAGGCCUCGCGAGGCGAGGAGCUGCGCGAGCUGCAGGACACGGUCGGCAGGCUCCAAGGGGAGCUCGCCGCAGCCGCCGAGCGGGACAAGGCGCUGCCGGGACCCGCGGAGGCCACCCGGGGCCGGGCUGCGGAUGGGGACAGCGCCAAGGCCGCCGCCUCCAAGGAGGUGUCCCUCAAGGGGUUGGAGCGGAGCCGCGAGAGGGAGCAGGAGCCCAGCCAGGCCCUUUCCCAGGAGAGGCUGAAGGAGGCGCAGGCCCUUCGCGCGCGCGCGGAGGAGCUGGAGCAGCGCUGCAGGGAGCAGCAGGAGAGCGCGGCCGCGGCGCGAGCGGAGCUGGAGGCCUCGCGCAGGGAAGGGGCUCAGCAGCGGGACAAGGCGGCGGAGCUGCAGAAGCUUCUGGAAGCGUCGAGGUCGGCGCAGGCGCUGCAGGACGGCACCCUGGAGGCGCUGCGCAAGGAGCUGCAGGAGAAGGGCAGGGAGCUGCUCCAGAGCAAGGGCGCCAUCGCGGCCCACGAGAAGGAGCUGGCGUCCCUCCGCGCCGCCGCGCAGGACAGGGGCCGCUCGGAGGAGAGCUGGAAGGAGCAGGUAUCGCAGUGCGUGCAGGAGCUGGAGAGGAAGAGCAGCCUGAUCGGGAGCCUGGAGCACGAGGUGUCCAUCCUGCACCGGCAGGUGACCGAGAAGGAAGGGGAGAGCAAGGAGCUGAAGCGCCUGAUCCUGGCCGAGUCGGAGAAGAGCAAGAAGCUGGAGGAGAGGCUGCGGGUGCUGCAGACGGAGAUGGCCACGGCCGCCUCGCGCGCGGCCGAGCGCUGCUCGCUCAUGAAGGUGGAGGUGCAGCGCUGCCAGGAGGAGAUGGACAAGCAGCGCGCGGCCAUCGAGGCGCUCAAGCGGGAGCGGCAGUGCCAGGGCGAGCGCGAGGAGGAGCUGCGCCAGGAGGUGAAGGGCUGCCAGGACAAGUGCCUGCAGAAGGAGCAGCUCCUGGCCGCGCUGCAGCAGGAGCUGGGCGCCGCGCAGGCGCUGGCCGCGGAGCUGCCGCCGCUCAAGCACCUCUGCCAGCAGCUGCAGGCGGAGCGCGGCGCCCUGGAGAGCCAGCACCGGCAGGAGCUGGAGCAGCGGGGCAAGGCCGCGGCCGGCCUGCAGGCCGAGCUGGCGCGCGCCAGGCUGGAGGCGGCCGAGGCGCCGGCGCUGCGGGAGCGCGCGGCCGAGCAGGAGCGCGCCGUGCAGCGGCUGCAGGCGGAGCUGCGGCAGGCGCAGGAGCGGCACGCGCGGGAGCUGGAGCGGCUCCGCGCCGCGUCCGAGGAGCUGGUGGCCGGCAGCCGGCGGGAGGCGGCCGAGGCGGCGCGGAAGCUGGAGGCCGCGAGCGAGGAGCGGGAGAGCAGCAGGGCCGCGGCGCUGGAGGAGAGGAGGCAGCUGCUGGCGGACGGGCAGAGGCUGGCGGCGCAGGUGGAGCAGCUGGAGGCGGCGCGGAGGGAACAAGCCAAGCAGGUGGAGGAGCUGAAUAAGAAGCUGACUCAGCACGAGAAGAGCACCCGAAGCCACCAGCAGAGAGUUAAGGCCCUGGAAGGGGAGCUGCAGGCGGAGGCCACGCGCCAGCAGGAGAAGGUGGCGGAGCUGCAGGAGCAGCUCGCGCAGAAGGAGCAGGCGGCCGAGCACUACAAGGGCCAAAUGGAGAAGGCAAAAACUCACUAUGAUGCGAAGAAGCAGCAGAACCAGGAGCUGGCGGAGAAGCUGAAGGCCAUGGAGCACCUGCAGAAGGAGAACACGGAGCUGCGGGCUGAGUCGGAGAGGUUGGCCAAGGAGCUGCAGCAGAGCGUGCUGCGCGCCAAGGACUCGGAGCUGAGCUGCAGGAACCUCACCAGCCAGGUCCACAGCCUGGAGGCUCAGGUGGAAUUUGCCAACCAGCAGCUACGGGAGCUCGGCAAGAUGCAGGUGACAAAGGACACGCUGAAGGGCCGGGAGAUGUUCCACCAGAACCCUGCUGAUGUCAGCGCCGACAGCCUGGAGCUCAGCCUCGAGGAAGCUCAGUCACUCCGCACCAACAGGAAGGCCUCGCGCUCCAGGUCGGAGGACUCGGUGGCGGCUCCGGGCGAUGAGGAGUCUCCGGCGUCGCGGCGGCUCCCGCGCAAGGUGGAGUCCCUGGAGAGCCUCUACUUCACCCCCCUGCCCAGCCGCACGCGGGCCCAGCGCCGCUCCAGCGCCGGCUCCUGCGGGGACCUGUCGCUCGGCUCCGGCUGCCAGACCCGCUCCGCGCGGCGCCGCACCACCAUCAGCAUCACCAUGACCAAAAAACAAGCCAAGCCUGAGAACCCGGACGGUGCCGACGGCUCCUUCUGCAGCCUCCCCGGGGCUCAGCCCCGUGCUGCCGCGGGCAGGAGCCGCCUGCGCUCGGGCUCCGCGCGCUCCCUCGCCAGCUUCCCGUCGCAGGAGUCCCUGCUCCCGCCGGACACCUCCUCCCCGCAGGACCCCUCCGGCAACGCCGCGCUCCUGGGGCUCCCCGGCUACCGGCCCGUCACCCGCAGCUCCCUGCGCCGCAUGCAGGGGGGCAGCAGCUCCAGCCUCGGCCGGAGCAGCAUCUACCUUGGCACGUGCCAGGAUGAGCCGGAGCACUUGGACGACUGGAACCGCAUCGCGGAGCUGCAGCAGCGCAACCGCGCCUGCCCGCCCCACCUCAAGACCUGCUACCCCCUCGAGAGCAGGCCCUCCAACUCGCUGGGGACCAUCACGGACGAGGAGAUGAAGAUGGGGGACCCGCAGGAGACGCUGCGGCGCGCCAGCAUGCAGCCCUCGCAGGGCCCUGGCGCCGCAGCCGCCCGGCGCAGCACCCUCACCGCGGCCUGGCCUGGCAUCACCACCCGCCAGCAGCGCAAACGCGCCUCCGAUGAGUCCCACCAGGGCCCCGACACCCCCGAGCCCAAGAAGCCCACGACGUGCUUCCCGCGGGUGCAGACCCCACAGCGCCGCAGCGCCCAGCCAGCACCCGCCAAGCCGGCCGAGAGGCGCCAGUCCAUGGCCUUCAGCAUCCUCAACACCCCCAAGAAGCUGGGGAGCAGCCUCCUGCGCCGCGCCGCCGCCCGCAAAGCCACCCCCAAGGGCUCCCCCCGCGCCGGCGCCCGCCGCUCGCCCCGCAUCGCCACCGCCAAGUCCCCCAAGGGCAAGGCCAGUCGCCGGCAGCUCAAGGACACCAAAUUCUGAGCUUUGUCCCUGUGUCCCCCCCCCACGAGGCUCCAGCGGCACCGGGGGGGGGAUGGGACAGUGGGGGCCACCUUCCCCUUGACCCAUCGCCGCCCUGGGGUGCCACCCCGCUCCUCCCUGCGCCUGGGCUGGGCGCUGACCCCCAGCUCUGCCUGCACCCACAGGCAGGCCCCCCCCCGCACCCACAGGCCCCCCCCGCCUUUGGGGCACCCGGGGGGGGGGGAAGGGGCAUUUUUAAAGUGUUUCUACGUGUAAAUAAAUUGUAUUUUUCUCC